AUGGUUCAAAUAAAGUUUAAAUUACCUCAAUUGAGAUUUAGAAAUAAUAAAAUUUGUGAAACUUACGAAUAUUUAAAACUUUGUAUAAAGUCAUUAAUGUAUAAUGAGCAUCUUAGUCAGAGCUACAUUGCAGAUGUACUUAUUGAACCAAUAUUUAAGUUAGUUGAUAGUAAAAUCUUUAGUCGAUUUUUGGGCCCAUUUUUUGUUGUUGGAGUACUAUGUUUGACAACAGCUGUAGUGUUUAUAAGUUACUGGAUAGGUUUUCCAUAUUGGUGGAAAAAAUCGCCGGAAACAACAAUUUUCCUGCUUAUUGUUGGUAACUGGCUAUUACUUAACGUGUCAUUCCACUACAUUAUGGCAGCUAAAACCAAUCCUGGAAAUCCUCCCACUGACAGAACUUACAAUGCCGUAAGCAUUUGCAAAAAGUGUCUCAUCCCAAAACCACCAAGAACACAUCACUGCUCGAUUUGUAAAAAAUGUGUUUUAAAGUUUGAUCAUCACUGUCCAUGGCUGAAUCAAUGCAUUGGCCAUUACAACCAAAGAUAUUUUUUCCUUUAUAUGGUCUACACGGUUAUUGGUGUAAUUUUCAUUAUGUUGUUUGGAAUUGGCAUUGGCUAUGAAGUUCUCUGGUUAGGAGAUGGUGGUGGCUGGGAAGAAAUUGAAGCAUUGGAAGGAAGUCCUGUUAAAUUUAAUUUAACUGGUCAUGUAAUUCCUGUGACAGAAGUUGAGUACUCAGAAGUUGGCAUUGCUCCAGCUAAACAUGAUUUACCAAUAGGUGAACUUAACGAUCCCGUUGUAUAUCGUUGUAUUGCUUUUAUGGCAGUGAUUUGUGUUUCAACUUUUGUCGCACUUGGUGCACUAUCAAUCUGGCAUUAUCGAUUAAUAAGCCGUGGUGAAACAAGUGUUGAAUCGCACAUAAAUAAGUCUGAAAGAAAACGUCUCAACUCUGUUGGGAAAACUUUCAUUAACCCGUACAAUUUUGGAAAAACGAAUAACUGGAGGAUUUUGUUUGGAUUAACAAGAGGACGGUCUUUUUGGCGUCACGUUCUUCUUCCUUCAUCGCACAUGCCGCAAGACUUUUAUAAAUAUCUUGCGUUAGUGAGUGGUGCAAUUUGUUUGCGAUCUAUUAUAAGUUUGCAUUCUUAUUCCGGUCUCGAUAAACCUCCAAUGUUCGGCGAUUUCGAAGCACAACGUCAUUGGCAAGAGAUCACUGUUAAUCUUCCAAUUAAAGAUUGGUACGAAAAUACAACCGACAAUGAUCUUCUGUACUGGGGAUUGGAUUAUCCGCCACUUACCGCUUAUCACAGCUUCAUUAUGGGUUUGGCAGGAAAACAAAUUAAUGAAGGUUACGUUGAGCUACAUAAAUCGAGAGGCAUCACAGAAGAGCUUCAUAAGAACUUCAUGCGAAACACUGUGAUGAUAGCUGACAUUUUGAUUUACAUUCCAUCCCUUUUAAUCAUUUGUCAUAUAAUAUUCAAGAGAGUCAUGAGAAUGUCGAAUCAUCGAGCUGAUUGGUUUUUAUUCAUUUAUUUGGCCAUUGCGAUUCUUUAUCCUGGACAAAUUCUCAUUGACAAUGGUCAUUUUCAAUACAAUAAUAUAUCGCUUGGAUUGGCAGUGUUUGCUGUUGCUUGUAUUUUAAUAAAUCGACGAAUUCUUGGUGCGAUUUUCUUUGUUCUGGCGUUGAAUUAUAAGCAAAUGGAACUUUAUCAUGCGAUGCCAAUAUUUUGUUAUCUCCUGUCAAAUUGCUUCAUUGAUCCUGAUGAACGUAAAAAAUUUGGCUUACUUCAAGGACUUUUUAGACUGAUCACUCUUGGACUCGUUGUUGUCGCAGUGUUUGUUGUUCUCUGGUUACCAUGGCUUGGAUCAUUAGAAAGUCUUCUUCAAGUCGUCCAUAGAAUCUUUCCACUUAAUCGAGGAAUUUUCGAAGACAAAGUUUCUAACAUUUGGUGUAUUGUCAACGUUUUCUUUAAGAUCAAAGAAAUGUUUUCCAAUCAAGAAAUGGCAAGAAUGUGCUUGGCAUGUACAGCAACUGCAUUAGUUCCAAGUGCAUUUAAUCUGCUUUUGAAUCCUAAGAGAAAGAAACUUCUUUACGCUCUCUUCAACAGUUCAAUGGCUUUCUUCCUGUUCUCAUUUCAAGUUCAUGAAAAAUCGAUUUUAAUUCCUGCAGUUUCGGCAAUUCUUCUUUUCCCUAUGGAUCCAUUUAUGGUUCUUUAUUUUCUUCAUAUUGCAACAUUCAGCAUGUUUCCAUUGUUGGCUAAAGACGGACUUCAAGCGGCCUUUAUCGGAUUAUCUGAUGCUUUUCUUAUCUUAGUAAAACUUUUGAUUGACAAAACGAAAGAUAAACAAAAUGGAAAAUUGUCGGCUAUUGAAAUGUUAUGGAAAAUUGGAGAUGAAGUCGUUGACGAGUCAGAUGGUUGUGGUGGAAAAUUCAGAGCAGUGAUAGUAUCAGAAGAUUUUGCCGGUAAAUCACUUCUUCAGCGACAUCGAUUAGUGAAUUCAGCAUUGCAAGAAGAACUGAAAACUAUUCACGCAUUUUCACAACAAACUUAUACACCAGAACAGUGGGAAACUGCACAAUCAAAAUAGCUUACCAAUUAAUUCAUCAACUCAGAUCUUUAUUGAUUCACAAGUUUCAAAAUGUUACGAAAUUAUGAAAUUUCCGCACCUGGAAAAAUUAUUCUGCAUGGAGAACAUUCCGUCGUCUACGAAAAGCCGGCAAUUGCUGGUCCAGUUGGUCUUCGUACUUAUUUCACCUAUCGAGAAACUUCAAAUGAUUUUAUUCGCUUCUUUUACAAGCGACUUAAUCUUACAUGUCAAAUGAGUUUGGCAAAAGUGAAUGAAUUCUUAGUCGAGCUUAAUUGCAAUGAUUUAAUUCUUCCGGUUGAUUUUCUGAAGAAGCUUCGUGUUUCAAAAGAUUUUAUCUUGCAAUAUGUUGAAUACAAUUCUAAUAAAUUAGACGAUAAAGAAGAAAUGGCAAUUGGUGCGACACUUUAUAUUCUGAACAGAAUUCUUCGCAAUGAAAAAGUUAAGACGAUAAAUUUUGGUUUUGAUGUGACAAUCGAUUCUGACAUGAGUAUUGGUGCUGGUGUGGGAAGUUCAGCAAGCUACGGUGUUUGCCUUUCUGCUGGGUUUUUUAUUCUCUCACAAAUACUCAACAAGAAACUUUCAGAUCAUCAACUGAAAGAAUUCUCAUUUGUUGGUAAUGAUAUAAUCAUGGAGCGAAUUUCUCAAUGGGCGUUCGAUUCUGAAGUGAUUAUGCAUGAAAAGCCUUCAGGAAUUGACAACACAAUUUGUACUUAUGGGCAAUUGAUCAAAUUUAAACGAGGACAAACACCAGAAAGUAUUAAAACUAGUGGAAAAAUUGACAUUCUGCUUGUUGACACUGGCGUAUCUCGAAGCACUUCUCAUAUUGUUGGAAAAGUCGCCAACUUCAGAAACAAAUACUCAAACCUUUGCAAUUCUAUCUUCGAUGCGAUGGGACAUUUAGUUGAUGACGUUGUUGGGAUUUUGGAGAAUUCCAAAAAUGAUAACGAAAAAUAUCAAGAAUUGUCAUUGCUUGUAGCAGUCAACAAUAAUCUCUUGAGGUCAAUUUCAGUGUCACAUCCGAGACUUGAACGAGUGUUUAACAUCGCUGAAUCCAAUGGAUUUAAUGCAAAACUUACAGGAGCUGGAGCUGGUGGAUGUGCCUUUGUGUUACUUCCAUCGAAUUAUGAAGAACUUAAAAACUACAAGAAAAUGUGCGAAGAUCUGAAAGUGAACGAUUAUCACAUCAUGACAACAAUCAUUGGUGGAACUGGCGUUCAAUUUAAAUUUAUUGAAAAUUGAUUUGAUAAUUUUUUCAUGUUUAGGUGAUGGAUGCAGGAAAAUUUUGAAAUUAGUGGAAUAAAAAAGAUUUGAGAAAUUAUAAAAG